AUGUUCUUCUGCUGGUCCGGUCGCCUAGCACUUGCCGCUCUUAUCUGCCUGAUGCAUCAACAGCAAUUUGUGUGUCAUGCUGGUUGGGCAACCAGAACAGCAACAGCAACAACAGCAACAACAACAACAGUAACCACUUCGAGCGGCAUGCAGAUCCAGGCAGUGCAGGUGAACUGUACUCGGGAGCUGCUGGACAUGCAGCUAACACUAAGUCGGCCCUUUCGCGGCCUCCUCUACGCCAAGGACUUUCCGCUGGAGUGCCGUGCUCGCGGCCAAGAUGCCCCGAAGAUCGCCCUUCGUUUGCCCACCUCUGGGUGCGGGGUUCGCGCCGAGCCAAUGCCCGACGGUGGCAUGGAGUAUACGGUUCGGGUGAUGGUCCAAAUGGAGCAAAAGCUGCGCCAGAGCACCGACAUCCUACGCACCGUUCGCUGCUACCUGCCUCCCAAGGCCAUGGGCAUGCCGGUGCCGGUGCCGGUGAGCAGUCGAGACAGGAACGCGCGCAUGCGUCACGUGCAUCAGGAGCAGGCCUUGGCCGCCGUCUUGCCACCAGCUGGGCCGCUAAUGGAUACGCCACGUGUGCGCAUUUGGCUCGAGCUAGGCGGCCUGAAUGGCUCCGGUUCUGUGGAGGUGGGCGUGGCCACGACACUCACCGUGCGCGCUAUUGUGCCCGGCAACAUUGGCGUGCGUGUCGUCGACUGUGCCGCACUGGAUGGCCUGGGCGAGUCCACACAACAGCUGCUGGACGCACGAGGCUGUCCCAUCGAUGAACAGGUUAUGCCCGCCUUGCACACCCGACACAAGCCAGCCGAGGAGGGCUGGUCCAAGCAAGAGGAGGAAGAUCUUGUGGAGCGUACAUUUACAGCCACAUUUCCCGCCUUCAAGUUUCCCGAUCGCGAACGCUUGCAUGUGAGUUGUGGCGUGCAGCUUUGCAAGGGGAAGUGUCCAAAUCUCAAUUGUCGCCUGGCCGAGCAGCAGCCGCAACUAAAUGCUGAUCUUCAUCUAGCACGCAUCGAGGUAUUCAAUUCGUUGGCAGUAACAGCUCCCCAAAUAGAGGUAGAUCGGCUGCGUUAUGAUCGGCGCUAUAACAUGAGCGUAGAGGAGUACGCACCAAAUGUUCGUCCUCUACCCAGUGAGGGUACGCUCUGUCUAUCCAUCUCCAAGCUAGCCAUAUCCUUUUGCAUACUUGGCCUGAUAUUCCUUGUGGCUGUCAUCGUGGCGAUAUUUUCGCUAAUACGCACCCGUCGGCGCGAACGACGUCGUGGCAUCGGUGACUUGGGCAGUGGUGGAAUCGGUGGAACGACCACUUCGAAUAGCAGCAGCCGUCUUCAACGUGCCGACAUCUGCACAUCCAUGUUUUCCUCAAGCAGCGAGUCAGCGCAGUCAGCGCCCCGCUUUGGAGGCAAGUUUCUGAUGCCCUACUAUCCGAAUACCUUGCCCUACGGACGUGUGUACUAAAUAGCGCCACCUCCCGUGUCUUCUGAACCUAACUUUUCUCUCGUCUUUGGGCAUGCUUUGGUUCACCAAUUCUAUAGACUGAUGUGGCUUAAACCUCAAAACCCUGGAAUUCGUUUAACGAAAACGCAACGAA